UUGUUGAUCCUUUCACCAACAAACUUGUGCAUGUGCACCUAAUUAACUUUUUAAAUACUGUACAACCACCCUCACUCGCCUUCUCACUUGAUAUACCACACAGUAGCCUACAGAACUGCCUCUUCAUCAUAAUCCUUCUCAUAAUGCAUGCAAAUCCACAGUGAGCCAUAUAAACAAACAAUUUCUUAUCCAUUAAUAAUUUCCUGGAUCACUCCACCAGCGUAAAGUAACGUUGCAAAUAAUAACGUUGCCAGUGCCACUAAAUACAUCAUCCGUGACCACCAAGUUACCCGAGGACCUAGAGAAGGUGAUCCAUUUUUGUUUGUUUGUUUGUUUUCAGUGGAAUCCAUAUUAGAUAAACAGGGGUGAUGCUGUGAAGCUAUUGUUGUUCUGCAUUUCAGAAGCCUGAGCACAUGCGCCAAGAAGUCGAGUAUGGAUCUAGGAUAAACAUCUGAAGAAAGCAAUCAGAGUCGGACUCUAAGUAUUCUACUGCAUCUUCCAAGGACUUUUCCCCAACAAAAUGGAUUCCUAAUGUGGGUGGCCUUAUUGUAAUGUGGGUUAAAGUGCAAGAGGGCAAAGUAAUUGGUUAUCUCUCUAUCAGACUGUGGUAAAUAAAACUGUUGGGGAGGUAGUUUAAUCUUUCAGUGAGCGUCAGUGCCCGUUGCGGAGAUUAGAUCUGCGUUUCCAUCAGGACUAGAGCAAAGAUUUAAUCAUUCCUCGGUGUACCAAAGCAAAGACGUUGUCGGGGUCGACUGUUGCCAGAUUUGAAGUUAAUCUUCCGAACGUAUCCAUGUUUGCGGAUCAGCGGCUUGCCCGUGCCCUCGUUUGAGUACGCGCACGGAGAAGGACGCGCUCGUCUACCCGAGGUUCACCGACCCGAGUUUCUGCUCAGUUCGAGUCUGCCCAAGGAGGAAUUUAUUAUGGAUGUACGAAUGGACAACUUGAGAUGGAGACAGCUCGACUUCUUUGGAUGUUUGUUGUAGUAGGGUAUCACAAGGAUGUCCUCUGUGAUUUGGUCAAUUACUAACAGCUUAAGAAGCAUCAUUGUCACGGACUGUUUAAUGGAGAAGAUACCGGUUCGAUGCCAAUUGUUCAUCCAUGACGGAUACAAGAAUCGUAAAAUUGCCAGCAUGAAUAAAAACUAUAAGAAUCAAUGUUAAAAUCGAUUCUUCAACGUGUACCAUGGCGAAAAGGAUGGGACUGUUAUUUUCGCUGCUGUACUUGGUGGCAGAGUUUGGUCUGAGUUCGCAGCAAGUCCUUAGAAUCGGGGGUAUAUUUGAGACCCUUGAGAAUGAGCCUAUAAGCGUUGAAGAACUGGCCUUCAAAUUUGCUGUGACCAACAUAAACAGAAACAGGACCUUAAUGCCAAACACCACUUUGACCUACGACAUCCAGAGAAUAAACCUGUUUGACAGCUUUGAGGCCUCUAGAAGAGCCUGUGAUCAGCUGGCUCUGGGCGUGGCAGCCGUGUUCGGCCCGUCUCACAGCUCCUCGGUCAGUGCCGUCCAGUCCAUCUGUAAUGCACUGGAGGUGCCCCACAUCCAGACCCGCUGGAAGCACCCGUCCGUGGACAACAAGGACAGCUUCUACAUCAACCUCUACCCCGACUACGCCUCCAUCAGCCGGGCGGUGCUGGACAUCGUGCAGUAUUACAAGUGGAAGCAGGUCACCGUUGUCUAUGAGGAUGCAACCGGGUUAAUUCGUCUGCAAGAGUUGAUCAAAGCCCCGUCCAGAUACAGCAUCAAGAUCAAAAUCCGUCAGCUCCCAGCUGGAAAUAAGGACGCGAGGCCGCUACUCAAGGAGAUGAAGAAAGGGAAGGAGUUUUACGUCAUCUUCGACUGCUCUUAUCAAACAUCUGCAUAUGUCCUCAAGCAGCUGCUGUCCAUGGGAAUGAUGACCGAGUAUUACCACUUCUUCUUCACCUCUCUGGACCUCUUUGCCCUGGACUUGGAGCCGUACCGCUACAGUGGCGUCAACAUGACAGGCUUCCGGCUCCUCAACAUCGACAGCCCUCAGGUGGCCGCUGUGGUGGACAAGUGGUCCAUGGAGCGCCUGCAGGCUCCUCCCAAACCCGAGACAGGGCUGCUGGACGCCAUGAUGACGACGGAGGCAGCCCUGAUGUACGAUGCUGUGUACAUGGUGGCGGCGGCGUCCCAGCGAGCCUCCCAGAUCACGGUCAGCUCCCUACAAUGCCACCGGCACAAGCCCUGGCGCUUCGGCUCACGGUUCAUCAACAUGUUCAAAGAGGUGCAAUGGGGCGGCUUGACGGGGCAAAUCAUAAUAAACAAGACGGAUGGGUUGAGGAAGGAUUUUGACCUGGACGUCAUCAGCCUGAAGGAGGAUGGCAUGGAGAAGACGUUUAUAGAGGGCACUAGCCGACUAAAUAAAGUGUGGAAGAAGAUUGGCGUAUGGAACUCCAACACAGGCCUUAAUUUGACUGACAGCAACAAAGACAAGUCAACAAAUGUCACAGACUCAAUGGCAAAUCGGACACUCGUAGUCACAACAAUUCUGGAAAAUCCCUAUGUGAUGCACAAGAAGUCUGACAAGCCGUUGUAUGGUAAUGACCGCUUUGAGGGCUACUGUCUGGACCUGUUGAAGGAGUUGUCCAACAUUCUGGGUUUCUCAUAUGAGGUGAAACUAGUGUCCGAUGGCAAGUACGGAGCGCAGAAUGACAAAGGGGAGUGGAACGGCAUGGUCAGAGAGCUCAUAGACCACGUGGCAGACCUGGCUGUCGCUCCUCUGACGAUCACCUAUGUGCGGGAGAAAGUCAUCGACUUCUCCAAACCCUUCAUGACUCUGGGCAUUAGUAUUCUCUACCACAAGCCCAAUGGCACCAACCCGGGGGUGUUUUCCUUCCUCAACCCCCUGUCGCCCGACAUCUGGAUGUAUGUACUGCUGGCCUGCCUGGGCGUUAGCUGUGUGCUGUUUGUCAUUGCAAGGUUUACGCCGUACGAGUGGUACAACCCUCACCCAUGCAACCCUGACUCAGAUGUGGUGGAGAAUAAUUUCACCCUAAUCAACAGUGUAUGGUUCGGUGUGGGAGCUCUGAUGCAGCAAGGAUCAGAGCUGAUGCCCAAAGCUCUUUCCACGAGGAUCGUUGGAGGAAUCUGGUGGUUUUUCACGCUGAUCAUUAUAUCCUCCUACACUGCCAACUUAGCUGCCUUCCUCACGGUGGAGAGGAUGGACUCGCCCAUCGACUCGGCCGACGACUUGGCCAAGCAGACGAAAAUCGAGUAUGGUGCCGUAAGAGAUGGCUCGACCAUGACAUUCUUCAAGAAAUCGAAGAUCUCCACGUAUGAGAAGAUGUGGGCGUUCAUGAGUAGUAGGAAGAAUACGGCCCUGGUGAAAAACAACCGCGAGGGCAUCCAGAGAGUGCUGACCACUGACUACGCACUGCUCAUGGAGUCCACCAGCAUCGAGUACAUCAGCCAGAGGAACUGCAAUCUCACACAGAUCGGAGGCCUCAUCGACUCCAAGGGCUACGGAGUAGGGACCCCCAUUGGCUCUCCGUACCGGGACAAGGUGACCAUCGCCAUCCUGCAGCUGCAGGAGGAAGGGAAGCUGCACAUGAUGAAGGAGAAGUGGUGGCGUGGAAACGGCUGCCCCGAGGAGGACAGCAAGGAGGCCAGCGCUUUGGGCGUAGAGAACAUCGGCGGCAUCUUCAUCGUGCUGGCCGCGGGCCUCGUGCUCUCCGUGUUCGUGGCCAUCGGCGAGUUCAUCUACAAGUCGCGCAAGAACCUGGACAUGGAGGAGGUGAGUGUUGGCCAGUGUGAGUGGCACAACAAGUACUGACCCGAGAGUGGGCGUGGCCCCCCCCCCACAAGAGUCCCCCUGGUGCACAAAGCGACUCGCGGAAUUGAUCAGUUGAUCGACGAUCGAUUUCACGAUCAUGUUAGGGAACUUGUGCCCAGCGUUAGUUUGGGAUGUCGGCCCACGCAGAUCAGCUGGCCGUGUAUCCAACAGACGCUUUGGAGGUUUGAGGUUUGAGGUUUGAAUCGUGACUGGUGCCUGGACUUGCCACCAAGGAGUUCACCAUGUUGUAGAUUAGUCCAUGUUUGAUGUAGCGAUUAGAGUGGAAAGAAAACUUGAAGACAUGUUUCUCUUUACACAGAUAUUAUCCUCUCUUUUCUUAUUUAUGGUGAGACAUCUCACUUUUUAAGACACGGCAUACUGGACUUGACUGUUGACUUUUCAUGUAUUUUUAUUUCAUUUUAUUUUGUCUAUUUCACAUGGAAUUCAUCUGGAUUCUCUUCUUAACUUCAAAAUAUUAUCAAUUGAGAUUUUAUUGGUAACUUGUGGUGCAUAUAUGUACAUGUUCUCCAUGGACUUCAAGAAGAAACAAUUAUUGAAUGAUAAUUUUAUGAUUGUUUGUAUAUCCAGGUAUGAAUAUUCCAUAUAAGUUCAUUUCCAGAUAUUCUUUUGAUUUACAUUCUUUUCAAUAUCCACUGCCAGUUACUCAUGGACAGAGAAUCGUUUUGCUUUAUUCAAUUUUCCAUUGUUAAUGUUCAUAUUUUCUGAUUUUAUGUUAUAUGAAAGUUAUGAAAUGCAUGUUGAAGUUCCAUUAUGUAUCAGUUGCUUAAUGACUCUUAAAUUGUGUGACAACAUUACCAA